UUGUCUUAAAGAAAAACAUUCCCGUGGCUCUAACUUGUUUUAAAUACAAAUGCAUCAGUCGGUAUUUACAAAAAGCAAUAUAUCACUUGCUAUCUUCUUGAGUAGGGUAUUUUUCUUACUCAUUUUGAGUAUUUUACGGUGUGCCAGUGAAGGUAUGGUGUAGUCAUCGAAGCACAGAAUGAUGCUGUUUUUGAAGGAUACGAGGACAAUAAAGCAGCUUUAAUUAAUGUAGUCUUUCAUGUAGAAUGUUAUAAUUAACUAGUUUGUUAGUGUCGAAUAGCGAAUGAGUGUUGACUGGUUUACUGCUUUGAUUCAGUUGUACAAUAAUUACAACCCUAUGUGCUAUUUCGAAAGUGAAGUUUAAGAUUAAGAUUUUGAGCUGUUUUUUUUGCGGCCAUCUAUGAAAAGGAUGUCAGUGUAUCUACAAAAGCAAUAUGAUGGUGGAUCAAAGGAGCUGACCUUCAAGUGGACUUAGGGACAUUGUCAGGACUCUUCUGUUUGUAAGUGGAAAUGGAGUUUCCAGGACAUAGUCAGCAGCUCUUGGCCUGCCUUCAGUCUCAGCGUCUGCAAGGUUUCCUUUGUGACUGCGCCGUGCAGGUCGGCCCAACACGCUUUGUAGCUCAUCGUGCCGUGCUAGCAUCUUUCUCCCCUUUCUUCCAUAUGUUUUACUCCGAUCAGUCAAUGGGCAAUACCGGCACAAUCAAUGGAGGGCCCCAGAGAGACACAGUUACCAUUAAUGGUGAUAUAGUGACCCCUCAAGCCUUUGGACUGCUUCUUGAUUUUAUGUAUGAGGGAGUACUGCGAUCGGAAGCCCACCCCCCUCCAGAGGAUGUGCUUGCAGCUGCCAGCUUCUUACACAUGAAUGAUGUGGUGCGAGUUUGUAAGAGAAGACUGCAGGGUCGUGGAUUGGCCGAGGCGGACAGCACAAGAGUAGAAGUUGUAGCAAAUGUGUUAGCUAAAACUGGAGAAGAGCUUGAUGUAACACCUCAAGAGGACAGGCCUGGUGCAGAGACAGGUAUAGGAUUAGGAAAAGAUGGACCAGUGACAGUUGGAAAUCCAUCUUUAUUUUCCUCGUUAACACAUUGUCCUCAGUCAAUCCAACAAAUGUCACUGUAUAUUGAUACAAAGACUGAGACACAAGCAGGGAUGGGCAAUCUCCUUGCACACAGUGGUGUUUCGAAUUGUGUAGAAAGUUCAGAGAUGGCUGACACUACACAGCCAGGAAUGGACUCUCAGUUACCUGUUAGUAAUUCUUGUUCUAGUCAUGACAAAACAAGAAUAUCUGCAAGGUCAGCUAGCCUGGAGUCUGCACUUUCAAGUCCAUGCAGUUCGACAGAACAAAUUCAGAAAAGCAAAGAGACCCAACCUGUUGUAGCCUCUGCAGUGACUCUGAACAGUGUAGACAACACCAGCAAUACCCACUCAGUGUCGAAUGAACCUAGCAUGUUCAUGCAAGCCAACAGUCUGCAGAGUCAAACAGUAAAACCCAUUCAAGACCAGAAUAAAGGACAGUUUACUGGAAAUCCUGGAUUGUCACAAAACUUUCAGACUGAAAGGAGACAAGGGCACACUUUAUCUACUACAAGACACACACAAAGUAAAGGUAAAAAGCAUCUCUAUCGAACUUCAGCAGAGUCCUCAGCAGUAGGGGAGGAAAAUGAGGAUGGUAUCAAGGUGAAAGUGGAGGCCAUUGUGAUUUCUGAUGAAGAGUCUGAUGUCAUGGAUGAGAUCUUGGACAGUGGUCAAAGAAGAAAUGCAGAUUUAGUUCAAAGUGAUGAUUACGAAGACAGUAACCAUGAUAUCGAGGAGCUCACCAACACUCAGUUCAUGUCUGCUCACCCAUUGAUUCACCUUGCCCAUCAAGAGCCCCUCUCAUUUCCUUCUUCACCGCAAGGUCCUGGUACUUCUGCAACAGAUAAUACUGGCUUUCCAUCAUCCCUUUUUCCAUCCAAUUCCCAGCCAGAGCAACAGGCUAUGUACCUUGAGGAUUUUCAGGACUCUAUUGGGAAUUAUGUAGAUGAUGUACCUACCUGUAACACAUGUGGAAAGACUUUCUCCUGUGCUUACACCCUGAGAAGACAUGCCAUUGUACACACCAGGGAACGGCCUUAUGAGUGCAGCUAUUGUUAUCGUAGUUACACACAGUCGGGAGACUUGUACAGGCACAUCAGAAAGGCACAUGAUCAUGACCUGGCAGUCAAACGCAGCAGGGCAGAGUCUGACCCUUCACCGCCCCCUCCUCAUUCUCCUCAGACAUAGCCAUCAUUUGUGGCCCAAUCCUUUUGUUAGUUUCUUCAGAAAAUUACACAAAAUGUAUAUGAAGGGUUCUGCAAAUGCCACAUAAUCAUAAUUUACCACCUUUACACUUCCACGUUGGUGUAUUAUUUUAAAAGAGGACAGAGGCUUUGAAAGGGACACUGCUUGAAUGCCCCCAUGCUGUCCACAAACUUUUGUAACAAAAAUGUCUUUGGGAUUAUUGAAAUUUUUGUAGUUACACGAUUUUAAGAUUUUAUGUGAACUAUCUUGUUUGAAUAUUUAUUGAUAAAGUGUAUAAUUUUAUAUGAAAUGCCUCAGAGGAUAGAAAGGUUAGAAAUGUAUUUGAAUUCAUUAAGAGUGGUCCCAUCACACAUACCAAGCAUACAAAAAAAAAAAAAGGCCUUGUAAGUCACUAUUUGUGGCUGUUCUGCUGAAAUAUAAGAUUGAUACCAUUUGGGGAAUUGGUUCCUGAUAUUGUUUUAGCAUUUAAUGGAUAACUGUACCUUGUAAAAAAGCUUUCCAUCACAUCAGAUAAUUUACUAUCUGUCGUUACUUUUAAUUAAACAGAUUUUAGUGCCUUUGGAUUUGGUCAGUGGAACCUUUUCAUAUUCCCAGUUUUGGGAUGUGGUAGUAAAUUAUAGCAGGGUAAACAUAUAGAGGUGAAUAGAAGACCAUUGCAAAUCUUAUUUUUGCAUUCCUAUUUGCUCUAACAGUAAAAGAAAAAAAAAAAAAUUCCACGACGUUCCUAAAAAGUCACGGCAGUCAGAAGAAAGCUAAUUUUAUUGUCAGUCUCUCAGCAGCUGGGUUUAAUCUAGAAGUAUUGACUAUGUUUAUUUUUAUUACUUAUUGCCAAGGUAACUUAACAUAAAGCAUAAUGUAAG